CCAGCCAGCGGACGGGCGGAGGGGCGGGCGGGCGAGCAGGAUGGCGGCGGCCCCGGCGCUGGGCUCCGGGCGGCGGGCUCCGGGGGCGACGUCCGGGGGCUCGUCUACCCUGCGCUCGCUGGCGCCCGCCUCGCUGCUGCUGCUGCCCGCCGAGGCCGAGACCCGGCAGCGCCUCCUGCGCACCGCCAAGAAGGAGGUCAAGCAAAUAAUGGAGGAAGCCGUCACAAGGAAGUUUGUGCACGAAGACAGCAGCCAUAUCAUUUCUUUCUGCGCUGCGGUCGAAGCCUGCGUCCUCCACGGGCUCAAGCGCCGGGCAGCUGGUUUCCUGCGGAGCAACAAGAUGGCUGCCCUGUUUAUGAAGGUGGGCAAGAGCUUCCCACCCGCCGAGGAGCUCUCCCGGAAGGUGCAAGCCCUGGAGCAGCUCAUCGAGAGCACGCGAAACCAGGGCUCCAGCUUGCAGGAAAGCGCCCGCAAAGCUCCAAAGCCCCCCAGCCUCUCCCCGCAGGCAGUCAAGCACCUCUGGAUCCGGACGGCGCUUUUUGAGAAGGUCCUGGACAAAAUUGUGCACUACCUGGUGGAAAACAGCAGCAAAUACUAUGAGAAGGAGGCUUUGCUCAUGGACCCCGUUGAUGGACCCAUCCUGGCCUCUUUGCUGGUGGGUCCUUGUGCCCUGGAGUACACUAAGAUGAAGACGGCUGAUCACUUCUGGACCGAUCCCUCAGCAGACGAGCUGGUCCAGAGACACCGGAUCCACAGCUCCCAUUGCCGGCAAGACUCGCCCACCAAGCGCCCUGCACUCUGUAUCCAGAAAAGGCACUCCAGUGGCAGCGUGGAUGACCGGCCCUCCUUGUCCGCCCGGGAUUACGUAGAGUCGCUGCACCAGAACUCCAGGGCCACCCUCUUGUACGGCAAAAACAACGUCUUGGUGCAGCCGCGAGACGACAUGGAAGCCAUUCCGGGCUAUUUAUCCCUUCAUCAGACAGCCGACGUGAUGACGCUGAAGUGGACCCCAAACCAGCUGAUGAACGGCUCUGUGGGCGACCUGGACUACGAGAAAAGCGUUUACUGGGACUACGCCAUGACCAUUCACCUGGAAGAGAUCGUCUACCUUCACUGCCACCAGCAGGUAGACAGCGGGGGCACCGUUGUCCUGGUCAGCCAAGAUGGCAUCCAGCGCCCUCCGCUGAGGUUCCCGAAGGGAGGGCAUCUGCUUCAGUUCCUCUCCUGCCUGGAAAAUGGCCUGCUGCCCCACGGCCAGCUGGAUCCCCCCCUCUGGUCGCAAAGGGGGAAGGGGAAAGUGUUCCCGAGGCUGAAGAAGCGAAACCUGCAGGGACCCUGGGAGCCUUCCUCGGACAGGGAGGAAGAGGAGGCCACGGAUUACGUCUUCCGGAUCCUCUAUCCAGGCCUCCAGGACUUCGCUGUGGUUAGCGGCUCUUGCCUUGCCCCCACCUCUGCCAACGCUGGUGCUUCUGGGCAAGAGACGCCUUGGAUGGCCCAGAUCUCUGGCAAAGUCGUGGUGAUCCCCAAAUGGCCCCUGAGUCUUCCUGGCCUUCCUUCUCCCACCAGCUCUGAGUCCAGACAGCACGGCUCUGCCCAGGACCUGAUGGAUGCGCCCGGGAGUGCCCUCCCUUCCAUGUGGCAGCCCAGCGCCCGCAAGGCCUCCUGUCCGUCUUGCGCCCAGGGGGCAGCCAGCGAGAACGGCCGGUCGAACGGCUGCAACCAUGAAAGAGCCCCCCUGAAGCUGCUCUGUGACAACAUGAAGUACCAAAUCGUCUCUCGGGCAUUUUAUGGCUGGCUGGCCUACUGCCGACACCUUUCCACCGUCCGGACGCACCUCUCGGCGCUGGUCAACCACGCCAUUGUGUCCCCCGAGGUGCCCUGCGAUGCCAGCUUGGGGCUGACGGCAGAGAUCUGGGAGACGUUUCUCCAGGACAGCACGAGCUACGAGGAGAAGGAGCUGCUUCGGCUGGUCUACUUCGGAGGGAUCCAGCAUGAGAUCCGGAAAUCCGUCUGGCCCUUCCUGCUGGGACACUAUCAGUUUGGGAUGUUGGAAGCCGAGAGGAAAGAGGUGGACCUACAGACCCGGGCCCACUACGAGCAAACCAUGGCCGAGUGGCUGGGCUGCGAGGCCAUCGUCCGGCAGCGGGAGAAAGAGUCACACGCCGCGGCCUUGGCCAAGUGCUCCUCGGGGGCCAGCCUGGACUCCCACGUGGAGCCCCUGAGGCACCGGGACUCCACCAUCAGCAGUGGCUCUUCCCAGAGUAGCAGUUUUGGCCCCCAGAACUUCAGCCGGCUGCAGAGCGACUCCAGCGGCAGCACGCAGGUGUUUGAGUCAGUGGAGGAGCUGGAGCAGACGGAAGCGGAGAGGAAGCUGGAGGCCGGCGGGCGAGUGGCUUUGCCCAAUGGGGGCCCCCCCGAGGCUGGCUCCUGCUCCCCCGACUCCGGCCACCCUUCCUCCCAGAACUUCUCUGUGGCCUCAGCCUAUUCGGAGCGGAGCUUCAGCACUGAAGAGAGCUGGCCGGAGGGAGGGAAAGGGGGGGCAGGGCAGGCCAGCGGGGAAGGGCCCCCGCCUGCCAGGGAGAGCAGCCCCCUGGGCGGCAAGGGGGAGGAGGAGGCAGAGGGGCCCUUGGACGCCUCCAUCCCAUGGAUGGGCCAGGAGCUGCCCGGGAAAGAGCGGGGGGGCCUCCCCAGGGCAGAGCAGCCCGACUCCCCGGGGAGCGAAGAGGACCCCUUGGAGGAGCCCGAGAUGGAGAGCCUCUACCCGGGCCUGGACUCGCACUCCCUGGCUGUCACCGACCUCACCCUGACCGAGGUCUCCCCCGUCUCCUCCUCGGGGGUCGCCUACUCGCCGGAGCUCCUGGACCUCUACACGGUCAACCUCCACCGGAUUGAGAAGGACGUGCAGAGGUGUGACCGCAACUACUGGUACUUCUCCCCGGCCAACCUGGAGAAGCUGCGGAACGUCAUGUGCAGCUACAUCUGGCACCACAUUGAGGUGGGCUACGUCCAGGGCAUGUGUGACUUGCUGGCUCCUCUGCUGGUCAUCCUGGACGAGGAAGCCCUGACCUUCAGCUGCUUCACGGAGCUGAUGAAGAGGAUGAACCAGAACUUCCCCCACGGAGGAGCCAUGGACACCCACUUCGCCAACAUGCGGUCCCUCAUCCAGAUUCUGGACUCGGAGCUCUUCGAACUGAUGCACCAAAACGGGGAUUACACCCACUUCUACUUCUGCUAUCGCUGGUUCCUCUUGGAUUUCAAGCGAGAGCUGGUCUACGAGGACGUCUUCACUGUCUGGGAGACCAUCUGGGCGGCGUCCCAGGUCUCGUCGCCUGGCUACGGCCUCUUCAUCGCCCUGGCCCUGGUGGAGGUGUAUCGGGACAUCAUUCUGGAGAACAACAUGGACUUCACGGACAUCAUCAAGUUCUUCAAUGAAAUGGCCGAGCGGCACAACACCAAGCAGGUCCUGCAGCUGGCCCGGGAACUCGUCUCCAAAGUGCAGACCCUCAUUGAGAACAAGUGAUUUGGGAAGGCGCCUUCCUGCCCCCCCCCUCCCCCAGGAGGAUGGAGGAUGGAGGAUGCAAAGGGUCCCGGCCGGGAGCGGCUUUCCUGGGGUCCCAGCCCCCGGGGAGGCAGCAGGGGAAAGCUUGGCCUCGCCACUCUGUCCACUUCACCAAAGAAGGCGCUCGGCCCUUCCCUCUCCCGUCUUGGUUGGGGGAGGAGGCUUUUGGCCUGGCACAGAGCUGGAUUCGAAGCGGGAGACGGGCCCUUGAAGAAGAAGACUAAGAAGACGGCAGGAACUGGCCAGUCCUUCAUGUGUCCCCCUCCCUUCAGAUCUUCCUGCAUUGCACGUGCGUUGUGAGCGUGGGGCUUUCCCCCCGGACCUCGUCCCACCCCAGGCUGACGCCCUUCCAGCUUGGGGCAGACCUCCGCCGCCUUCAGGAUCAGGCUGCCCUGGAGCUUUUCUUGGAGGCCUUUGUGCCAAAUUCCUGCUGCCAUAUUGACUGUUGGGUGUCUGCUUUCAUGGAAAUGGACGUGGCUCCCUGUGCUGGUCUGGCAGGUUCCUUCUGCCUGGUUCCCUCCUCCUUUUUCUGACAGAGCACCAGAGGGAGGAGGCCUUUCUCCAGCCAAAGUAGCUCCAUCUUUUCCACCUGCGGCUGCCGUGGGAUGGUGUCCAUCUGCCUCCCCCAUGCUUUCUUCUCCGAGGGCACCCUUCAGUCGCCUGGCUUGGGCCGUGGUGAAGAGGCAGCCCCCCUGGUCCUGCUGCAGCCCGGUCUCUGCCUUGUCUUCCUGGCCGGCUCCAGAAUCGCCAGUCAGCAGGGACCUCGGCUUCUUGGGAGGGGAAGAAGGGUUGGUGGUUUGGUUUUCUUAAACUCAGGUGUUUUUCAAGAGAAGCAAAAUGGGGUUCUGUUACGGUACCUAUCAAAACCUGCCAGGAAAAAGCCUCCACUUGGGCUAAGCAAGUCCCCACGUUUUUGCUGUGAAAUUGCUCCCCCGCAAGCCAGAAGACGUUUAGCCAUAGCUGUUCCCCCCUUUCUUUCUUUCUUUGGAAGGCCUGGUCUCCAAAACAAUGCUGCAGUUCCCCUGUGGGCUUCUAACCACCCCUUCCAUUUGAAGGGGGGAAAGUAACAAAAAGAGUAACUCUUAGAAGCCCCUGUCCUUCUCCGUUAGCUUGUGUGCAUAGGUGUCUGUGCAUUUCUGGUACAUAUAUUGAUACAUGUAUGUGUGUAUAUUUAACAUUGUCUGUUGAACCUAAGCAGAAAAUUCUGCCAUUCUGGGUAAUGUCUUUGCUGGACUUCAAAGGAAGGGAGGUCUGCAAUCAUGGCUCAUUUCUAGCUACUAUUUCUACAGUUGCUUCAAACGUUUAAGUGGCUUCCUUCUGCAAAUCCCAGGGAAAGGGAUUAGUUCAGGAAAUGGAAGUGGCUGACUUCCAAAUUGUAUAACCCAGGGAGGAAGAACCCUUGGCAAAAAUGUUAUCGUAGAUAAACAUCUUUUAGUUAAGGGGGAAGAUGAUGAUGUUGGGAGGAGCAGGAGACAAAUUAGACUCCCUCUCUUUGCACUUUCACAACUUUCUCAGUAAAAUACUUGUUGUUUCUUGUGAUCCUGAGAACAGCAAGGCCGUCUCAGUGUGGAGGUGCAACCUGGGUGCAGUUAUUGGUGAAAACACAAGAAAAGUCAUGCCCAGGCUACCUGCUCCAUUCUUGCCGAUCUUUCAUUCUCAGAUUCUCCCCAGACCACUUGACAGGAAAGGGAGCCUUUAGAGACCAAAGUUUCUGGAGUUUUGAAACCAACUCCUCUUUUAAAAUGUUUUCUCUGGGCUAUUGGGGGCAAAGUGGAAUUUUGGAUAAUCGGUUGGACACCCAAAAGAUCCAGUACGUGUGCGAGUGUGUAUGUGUGCAAAUGUGCACUUUAAUUGUGCUGGGCUGUCGAAUUUUGGAUAUUGCUCUAGUGAUCUUUCUUAAAAGCACAAUCCUGAGUGAGUGAUCUGUUCCUGAAAGGGAAGUCUUGUUGCUUUUGAACAAGAAAAUUAAGCCAGAUCCUUUUCAUAAAUGCUUGGGUAGGUACCCUCUGGUCAAUGGGGAUGGGGCAUUUCAUUCUGGGCAUAAUGGUGCCAUGGUAGAGACCAGCAGUGACCCCCCCACACACAAUCUGUAAGGCAGCAGCUGAACUGUUUACAAGGAGCCAUCAGCAGAGUCCCUGGCAGAUUAGCCCUGGUCUCCACCCAGGCUUCCCUUGGGGGUGCCUGGUGUGUUCAGAGGCCAUUGAGGUCAGAAGAGAAUCUCCCAGAGAGGCUGUCUUGGGCAACGCAGCUCAUGCCCUUCGGAGGGACUCUUGGCAGGACUACAGAAAGCACCCCCCCCCCUUCUUUCAUGGCAGCGGAGGAAUUGGUGCCUGGUCCUCGCUGCCAAUAGAGCCAGAGAGCGGAUUGUGACUCUUAGAGAGCAUGUGGGUGAAACAAAUGCCAGGGAGACAUUAUUUACAUGUAUUUAUGAAUUCUGUGCAUCCUGAGGUCUGUGUGCAUGAAUCGCUAUGCAAACAGAGGUGUAUUUUUGGUCGCUGUCUCAAAAUGUAUCUUGUAAACAUUUUAGCAGGAAAUUGUCUUGUAUAUAGCUACAUAUUAUACAGAUAACUAGCUCAUGUAUAUAUAUGUGUGAGCAGGUGUGCAUACACAUGCACACACACACAUAUGCAUGCAUAAAAAGUAUCUGGAUUACGCAGUGCAAGAGCUAUGUGUGAUUUUGAGGACUUCCCUCCUUCCCUCUGGUGUGUGUUGAGGCUGGGGGUGAGUGAAACAGGUAUUUUUCUCUUCUGCUUCACAAGGAAGAACACAAGGAAGGCAUUGGAGGAAAUUUUUCUCAGCUUAUAACAUUACUGUUCGUUUAUAACCAAAGUGAUAUACUGCUUCCCAUAAAAUACCUGGGAACAAUUUGUAAGUUACGGCCCUUUGGCCAGAGCACCUGUGUUAUCAGGUAUUAUGGGGCAGAGUCCAUGUUCGAAGCCACCUUUUCACCCCCCAGAUGAGUAACCUCCUGCCAGCCGCUCCCUUUCUUGGCUGCCCUGAAAGGCUUGUUCAGGGGGCGAUGAUAGUUCCUCCCCCAGGGAGAGGCCUGGGUGCCGGCCUCAGUUGUCCACAUUAUUCCUCUGGGCUGGGGGCUUGACUUGUAGGGCAGGGGGAAGCAAGGCUCCCUUUCAGGUAGGGAUUGUCCUGGCUCAGCCUGGUGAUUGCUGACCCCUUUUUCCUGAGUUUGCCUUAAAAUAAAACUAAUCCAAUUUACAGCUGGGAAGGAAGGCUCGUGGGGAAGGCUGGAAACUCCAAGUGUGUGUGUGAGUGUGUGUGAAGCUGGAAGACAAGAUAGUUGUGGGCACACACAGCCAUACCUUUUGAACAGUGAGGCCACUAUGUCUACAGCAACUGAUAAUUCAGUUUCAUCCUUCCUUGCUGUUGCAUUCCUGUGCUGGAUGCAUUUUGGGGUGAUGAUGGGGAUUAGCCAGUUGGAACACCUGAAGAACGCAACAGGUCUCUUUUCUUCUGACGAUGGGUCUGUGUGUGCAAAAGGGAGCAUUUGGUGCACCUCCCACUCCGGGGGUUUAAUUGGAGGAGUUGAGAUCCAAGUUUCAAAGCAGGGAAGGCCAGGAACUUUUCAAAGGGACCCGUUGUUGUUUUUUAACCCCACAGAGGACAGUAGCUCUCAGAUAAAUCCCCCCUGCUGGAGGGGCAGAAAAGGCACAAUUUCCCUGCUUCCUUGGGGUUUUGAGGGGUGAAUUCCCCGUUUUGCUUCUGAGUCCUGUCUUGCUCACUGGCACCGGCUGCUUUGAGGCAGGGGGUCCCAGAUUAAAUCGGGGCUUUCUGUCCUCAAACUGGCCCAGGGAGCUAAAGUGUCUCAUCCCCCAGUAAUGCCAGGAGGUUUUGGGAGGGAGGGAGGGAGAGAAAUGUCUAGCAACUCCUGCCCAACACAAACCAGCUGCUGCUUGUGUGUGUGCAGUGUGUGUGUGUGUGUGGGGAGGCUUCAUCCAUCCGUUCUGGAAGUGCCUCCUGGCAUCGCAGUUUCUAUGGUUCACCUUUUGUCCCUGGGUGGUUUUUGUUCUUUCCCAAACCCAACUUGUCUGAAUUCCGCCCUUGUUCCUCUGUUGCCAUUGACUCGAUCGCGCUUUGGAAUUCUGGCCAUUUGUGUCUGUGGGGCCAGAAAGAAAAACAAAGAGAAACUUCGAUGUUGUCUUCGGUUCUAUGUAUUUUCAAAUGAUCCUCAGUAAAAGGAAGCAAAGAA